UGAGCUGCGCGUAGAUAACGAACUCUCCCGCCCUCACAAAACGCCCUUCACGACACGCCCCACCAGAGGGGGAAAAAAAAGGCAACAGCAACACCGCCGCGACGACGACGAUGGCAGCCUCGCUCCAAGCCGCGGCCACCUUGAUGCAGCCGGCCAAGAUCGGCGGCCGGGCGCACUCCGCCUCGCUGCCGUCCCGGCCGUCGUCGCACCUCGCCAGGGCGUUCGGCGUCGACGCCGGCGCCGCCAGGAUCACUUGCUCCCUCCAGUCUGACAUCAGGGACGUCGCCAGCAAGUGCGUCGACGCCGCCAAGCUCGCCGGCUUCGCUCUCGCCACCUCUGCGCUCCUCGUCUCGGGCGCGAGCGCGGAGGGCACGCCCAGGAGGCUGACCUACGACCAGAUCCAGAGCUUGACGUACAUGGAGGUGAAGGGCACGGGCACGGCGAACCAGUGCCCGACCAUCGACGGCGGCGUGGAGGCGUUCCCGUUCAAGGCCGGCAAGUACCAGAUGAAGAAGCUGUGCUUGGAGCCGACGUCCUUCACGGUCAAGGCGGAGGGCAUCGCCAAGAACGCGCCGCCCGAGUUCCAGAAGACCAAGCUCAUGACCCGCCUCACCUACACGCUGGACGAGAUCGAGGGCCCGCUCGAGGUCGGCUCCGACGGCACCCUCAAGUUCGAGGAGAAGGACGGCAUCGACUACGCCGCCGUCACCGUGCAGCUCCCGGGAGGCGAGCGCGUGCCGUUCCUCUUCACCGUCAAGCAGCUCGUCGCCACCGGCAAGCCCGAGAGCUUCGGCGGGCCAUUCCUCGUGCCCAGCUACCGUGGCUCCUCUUUCCUCGACCCCAAGGGCCGUGGUGGCUCCACUGGGUACGACAACGCCGUCGCGCUCCCCGCCGGAGGCAGAGGCGACGAGGAGGAGCUCCUGAAGGAGAACAUCAAGAACGCCGCCGCGUCCACGGGCAACAUCACGUUGAGCGUCACCAAGAGCAACCCGGAGACCGGCGAGGUCAUCGGCGUCUUCGAGAGCGUGCAGCCGUCGGACACCGACCUCGGCGCCAAGGCGCCCAAGGAUGUCAAGAUCCAGGGGAUCUGGUACGCGCAGCUCGAGUGAUUCGUUCGUUCUAACUGCUACUAGGCGUCGGAACCGUCAUGGAUCGGAUCUUGGGAAAGUGUACCAUGGAGAACUUUGGAGAGCAGAGGAGGAGGAGUCGUGUAUGUACCUAUUAAUGCAAAUUCGGGCUGUUGGUUUUAAAUUUCAGUUUGAGUUUCUUCUUU